GGUAGCGGAAGAUAAAGGACUGGGACAAGCAUCAUGCUUCGUAUGUUACCCGCUUCCAGCUUUGCAUGGAGCAAGCUCGUAGCAGUGCACGCGCCCAGCUUCGUGAGCAUAACCCACUUGCUUUUGAUAACUACAUACGAUGGCUUCUUGAAAAUACUCGAGUUGCGAUAUGCCCGCCGACAUAUAAUGAGGAUAUUCUUGAAGAACCCGUAAACUUUGAGGAUCUAUCAAAGGGGAAGUACAACAGAGAUGUCAGGGUAGGGCAAGGAGUCCCUGCUGUUCCGGUGAUUAACUAUGUGCGCACCGAGAUCAAGAAAGCAGCUGAUGAGAGCCAGUCUAUUCUUGAGAACACACUGGUUGGAAAAGGCAAUGAUGAUGGUUCACUACGAGCAUUCCUCAAGCGUCAGGCCAAGAAGUUAAGGCGGUUAUUGAAUCUUCUCAGUUGUCGUGAUCCCGAAUUUGAUGAACCAUCUGCCUCUAGGUCUGGUACACCAUCAGACCCCUCAUCUCACCAUCAGGGGGACGAUGUGAGUUCCUCAUAUGCUUAUCUGGAUGAUGAUGGCGUGGUCACCCAAGAGGGCCAUGAGCUUGAUGAUGACAUGACUUUGGCGGACGCUCAACUCCGGGCUCCAUAUGUGUUCAAGCCUAGGCAGCCCAGACGCCGGUACACGCCCAACGACUUUGACAACAGAGGCAACCCAAAGGUGGUCGUAGGGACCUCGCGGAUGGCUAGCUUGGAUGAUGAGGUGGAGGCGGAGGCGGAGGAGGAAGUGCAGGAAGAGGAGCCUCGUCCACCCAGGAAGAAGAAGAUUACCUGCAGGCGUGGCACCAGGAACACACGCGAAAGGCAUUAGUGCUUGUGUUUGUUAGUGCUCUUGUAGCCGUUUCAUUAGGUCGAUGAACUUGUGAGGUUAUGUUAUAUGUUGGUGAACUCUUACUAGUGUGGUAUUUGUGUUUGCGAACUAGUAGUAAUGUUGAAUUGUCCUAAAUGAUGUGAUGUUCAAGUUAUUAGUUGUCUUUGUUCA